AUGACAUUUCUAGUUAGUUGUUGUCUUCGUAACAUUUUCAUCUCACAAGGGACUGUUUGGAUUGUAGACAAUGUCUUGGACUUUGAUGCGUUGGAAACACGUGGUGUACGCUUGUUUUCUGAUUUUCAGAUAAAUCCCAAAGGGACUUCAAUAUUCAAGUUAUAUGAUGUACCAGAACACCCACAUCACGCAGAGGUCAUUUGUAAUUUUUAGUGUUCUCAGAGAAUCUGUUUUAUCAAAGCCAAUGACAGAAGUUGCGUUGGCUAUUCUUUGUGCAUCUUUCGAAAUGCUAUUGGCUCUAUUGACCAUUCAUUUUUACUAUCGAUAUCUCUCAGUGUGCGCCCCAAACAAGCUUACAAAAUUUUCACCGAAAAACUGCAUUUGGUGGGCUCUCCUUGUCGCAUCCAAUUUCACUCUUUGGUUGUAUUGCUGUUAUAUCUGGAAUGCACCAUCUCCGAUCAAAGAUGAAAUAAUUUUUAAAGAAUUUCCAGUAGCUUACUGUCUAGAACCGGAUGAGUAUAUGUAUAGUGGAGCACAAUAUUUCUAUAUAGACCACCCAUCCGGAAUGCUACAGUUCAAUUCACCUUCAUUUCUUUCUGAAGGAAUAACCGGCUCUAUAAUGGUUAUAUGUCUUGCUCUUCUGACUUAUUUCGGAUACCAGACCUACCAACAUCUUCAAAAACUGGUACAAAUGACUAGUUUUGUGAACAUGGAUCUUCAGAAUCAGCUUUUUCAAGCUCUAGUGCUUCAAACUAUAAUACCAGCCGUCUUUAUGUACUUACCAGUUUCAUGUCUAGUACUAUUCCCACUGUUUGGUAUAAGAAUGAGAGAAGUUGCCAAUUUGGUUAUAAUCUCUGUAUCUAUUUAUCCAUGUUUUGAGCCAAUGGUCGCAAUGUACUGUAUCAAACGAUUUCGCCGACAAAUCGGAAAUUUCCUGUUUUGUCGUAAACCAAUAGUAUCACAAGUGCAAAUUCAACCAUUGACAUGCCCAUUUUGA